AUGCACCACCCAUCACACCACUCCUCACACCACCCCCCACGCCUUCUCCUCCCCUUAACCACCCUCCUCGACCUCAGUAUCUCCCUCACCCUCGUCGCCCUCUUCACCGCAUCCUACACCCACCACUUCCGCACCAUCCUCUGGCAAACGGGCGGGACCCAAGGCUGGAACUCUGAUCCCCAACAACGCAUAUACGACUACGCGAAUUACCGCUCCAUCCCGCCUAUCCCGCUCCUCUGGGACGAAAAUUCAUCACUAGAACACCUCAGCCUCGCUGUUACUAUACUCUUCACAUGCGUCCUCCGCGCGCGGCUGAAUACGCUUAAAAGCCACACUUUGGAUCUCUAUGCUGCGCUCGCUACAAACGCUCUCUACGAUGCGCUCCUUGCUGCCCUCUGCAUCGCUAGCGCGGUCCUGCAGUCUGCACCCGACUUGUCUGACCCUGAACACCUCAGCGCUUCGCCUUGGUAUCUGGAGCGCGGCUGCGCAGAUGUGUGUGUUUGUGCGAGAUCGGCGUGUCGUGUUAUGAGGGCUUCGUAUGGUGUUGCUGUUUUUGCAGCGAUGUGGUUUUGUGCGCGCUGCGGCGUUACCUGCGUGUAUGCUGCGUAUCGGUUGGGGAGAGAUCAUCAGGCCAGGGAUGGCGUGGGGUGUGGGUGUGAUGAAUAUAUUUGAAGCGCACGCGGAGUUGGGGGUGUUGUUGGAUAACGGGCGUUGUUAUGGCCUGAUGAAGUCAUACUGUUCUGAUGCAUCAAGGCUGGUAUGAAUGCUAUUAAAACUGGUUUCGGGAACAAGGACGCUGGUCAAGCGGGUUUUUCGAAAUGAUUGUAUGUCGUGGAUAGGCGUUAGGGGAACAUGAAACUGGGCUUUGAUGAAUGUAGCGCUGUUCAUAUGCUGCUGAAAACUGGCGUGGAUUGUUCAUCAUAGGGCAUUGGAUAGAUCUUCUAGCGAUUGACGCAAUCACACGAAAAAGGCAUGUCUGUUGUUUGCUACAUAAGAGCUGAGUAAUAGAUUGCGUACUGUAUCUGUUCUCUCUACUUGUGAGCGAGGCGGG